AUGGUGAAAAGAAAGGUCGCGGCGCUCGAGAAGAUCGAUGCGGACUUCGCGAGUCUUCAGUACAAAAUCCGUCGGGAUCCAAAAUCCUACAAGGACGAUUUCCUGAAGCAAUGGGAGCAAUAUGAGGCUCAGCGCGAAAUCUUCUUCAUGUCGCCGACGACGGCCGCCGCCGACUCGGUGGAAUCCUUCCACAACAUGAUCGACCUCAUUGCGCACGUUGCCGACUGCUACCCCGAGGAGACGCGGACGUUUCCAGACGAUUUGAAGGCCAUUGUCUCACAGAAUCACGAAACCCUUCAUCACGAACUGAGAGACAAGGUCGUCGGCAGUCUGGUGCUGCUGCGCCGCAAAGAGGUCAUCGAUUCCACUAGCCUUCUGACAACGCUGUUCCCAAUCCUUGUGUCCUCGCGAAGCAAGUCUAUGCGAGAGAUGCUUUUCCAGAAAAUUCUCAGCGACAUGCGCAAUUCGAAUUCCAAGUCCACCAACCACCCGCUGAACCGAACCAUUCAGGCCGUGCUUUACAACCUCGUCACAGCAGAUCGCUCUUCACCAAGGGCCAUCUGGGCUAUCAAGCUGACGCGCGAGCUGUGGAAGCGACAAGUUUGGACAGAUGCGAAGCCAGUCGAUGUCAUGAAAGAGGCGUGUUUGGCCGAUAACGAGAAAGUUGUCAUUGGAUCUGUGCGAUUCUUCCUGGGAGGCGACAAGGAGCGUGAAGAGCUCGAGGACGAAAGCAGUGACGAGGAGAUUGAUCUGGCCAAGGUGAAGCAUCAGAUUACCAUCAACAAGAAAUCAAGAAAACAGAAGCAGGCGUACAAAAAUGCAGUCGACAAAGUCAAGAGACAAGAGAAGAAAAAGUCAAAGCCUCACCCGCUCAACUUUUCGGCUCUACACUUGCUACAUGACCCUCAGGACUUUGCUGAGCAACUAUUCACAAAACACCUUCAGAGCACAAAGAACAAGCUUUCGCUGGAUACAAAACUACUCGUUUUGCAGCUCAUCACCAGAUUAGUCGGUCUACACAAGCUUACCAUUGUGCCGCUAUACUCUUGGUUCAUCAAGUACCUUACACCCAAGCAACAAUCCGUCACAUCAAUCCUCGCCUCCCUAGCACAAGGUGUGCACAACCUGGUGCCCCCUGAUGCUCUGGAGCCUCUUAUCCAAAAGAUUGCGAACGAGUUCGUCUCUGAAGCGUCGGCGUCCGAAGUCGCUGCCGUUGGUCUGAAUGCCAUUCGUGAGAUAUGCUCGCGACAGUCUCUAGCCAUGACGGAGACGCUGCUGCAGGAUUUGGUCCAAUACCGCAAGAGUAAAGACAAGGGCGUCAUGAUGGCUGCCAAGGGACUUUUGUCUCUAUACCGAGAAGUCGGCGCAGACAUGCUCAAGAAGCGAGACCGAGGCAAAGAUGCCACCAUGGGCAUCAGCUCCGGCUUGAUGAAGCAGCGCAAGUUCGGAGAGGAAGAGGUCGGCGGUAUCGAGGGUCUGGAUCUCCUCGCCAAGUGGAAAGAGGAGCAAAGGAAGCGAAAGCGCGCCGAAAAGGGCCUGCCAGAGGAUGGAAGCGACGUCUCCGGCGACGAGAAGGAUAAGGAUGAAGAUGGCUUCAACUCUGAUGAGUGGGAGGUUGGUUCAGAAGACAGCAGCGACGAGGGCGAAUGGAUCAACGUGGAGCAUUCUUCAGACGAAGACGAGCCAGCUCCCAAGAAGCGAAAGGGAGAUGAAGAAGAUGAAGAAGACAAUGAAGAAGACUCAGCCGCCGAGCUCGAACGCAUGACCAAGCUCGCCACAACCACAAUCCUCACCCCCGCCGACCUCGCCAAGCUCCAGGAACUCCGCGCCGCAGCCUCCGUCCAAAAGGCCAUGGGCAGCAAAUUCCGCAAGAACAAACACCAGCAGAACCCCGACGGCCCGACCCACGCCGACGACGGCCUCACCGCCGAGAACAUCGAGGCGCCCAUCCGCCUCCGCAAGCUGACCAAGGAGGAAAAAGUAGCACUCGCCAAGGAGGGUAAACCGGACCGCGAGGAGCACAAGAGCACGCAGGCCAUCCGCAAGUCCAAGAAGGACGCCGCGGGGAAGAGCACGAGCAACAGGGAGAAGCAGCGCAAGAAGAACUUCUUGAUGACGCUCGGCAAGGCAAAGAGCAAGCAGAAGAGGAGCUUGGUGGAGACGAGGAAGGUCUUGAAGGGGCACGUGGAGAGGAGUACGAGGGGAGGAAGGAGGAGGAACGGUACAUAG